AAAACAGCUGCGAUCCUGUAUAGUUUUCUUUUUAUUCAUAGCAGAUGUGAUACUGAUCAAAACAACGUUUUUGAAAAUAAAACGAUGUAAAAAGAUUAACUGAAUUCUGCAUUCUAAUCUUUUAUCAAUGAAAUUUAAAAGUUUUAAAUGUGCAAUCGCCAGGGGGACAUUUUAAUCUCUUCAAGUAGACGUGAAUUAGCGAUGGAUGACAACUUGAUACUGUGAGGUUGUGAACAGGUAAAUUCUAGUGAGAUGGUCUUUAUAAGCAAGGAAGGUGACAACUUUUUCUACCACAGAAUAAAGAAUGAAACCUUUUACGGAAUCCUUAUGAUUGUAUUUGGAGCUAUAGUACUGGUUCUUGUUCUGUAUUUAAUUACAAAAAUGUGUGCAUGCGAUGAUGACGAUGAACACACGAGUAAAGGUCCUCAACCUUUCCCGGGGAAUCCCAUUUUCGCUCACGAGCUUACCCCUGGUACAAUAGUGUUACAGAGUGCUAAUGGUGAAUACUUCCGCAUUCUACAUGAGUACAGUUCAACGCAUAAUGACAACACAACUUGUAGGACCGACAGAUCCUCUACUUUUGCCUAUCCUGAUACCGGUAAAGGUAGAAUGGAACAUGAACGAAUACAAAGAACACCAACAGCACCUGCUUUUGAUAAUGACAUGGUUACGAAUACUCAUAAUACAGUUAUGAUUCAGCCUCCGCCCUACAACUCUUCAUGGAGAUGAAUAAAUUUGGACACAUACUUUGCAGUAGUGUUUAUUACGCAAUUUAAGUAUUUUGAUCUUGUUCAUAUGACAAUAAACCAAAUAAUGUUGCCUGCUAAUGAAAAUAGUAUCAACAACUAUUCUGCGUAUGUACUCUGUCUUGUAUUUAUGACAUAGAAAGUUAAAAUGUAAAAAUCCCUCCUAGGUCAUGGUAUAAAGCAUUGUCCAAAAUACGUGUUGUUGUG